AUGCCGCCUCCAGCAGGUCCCUCAUCCUUUCAGCUCAUUUAUGGCCACGGGCAGCACCUUGCGAGUGGCCGCCUGAGGCUGACAGUGCUGCCUGAGGACCGGCUGCAAAUGAAGUGGAGAGAGUCAGAGGGGAGCAGCCUCGGCUACCUGGUGCAGGUGAAGCCCAGGGCAGGGGACCCAGAGCAGGAGGUGAUGCUGACCACCAAGACCCCCAAGGCCACCGUGGGGGGCCUGAGCCCCUCCAAGGGGUACACCUUGCAGAUCUUUGAGCUCACUGGCUCAGGGAACAUCCUGCUGGCUCGCAGGGAGUUUGUGAUUGAGGAUCUGAAGAGUAACUCCAUGAGCAGGAGCGGCCAGAGGCCACUGGGGGCAACCCUGGAGCCCACCCCCUCCCUUGUGGGGAGCCCAGACCUUAAGCCCCCAGGGGCCCUGGCCCCAAGCCAAGAUCCACCCACGCUUGAUGGGGCCAAACCCCAGUUCCGCUGCACACCCCCCAUGCCUGCGGACAUGAUCUUCCUGGUGGAUGGGUCCUGGAGUAUAGGCCACAGUCACUUCCAGCAGGUCAAAGACUUCCUGGCCAGCGUCAUCGAGCCCUUUGAAAUUGGGCCGGGCAAAGUCCAAGUAGGCCUGACUCAGUACAGUGGAGCCCCCCAGACCGAGUGGGACCUGAAUGCCUUUGGCACCAAGGAGGAGGUGUUGAAUGCUGUGCACAACCUCCGUUACAGAGGAGGAAACACAUUCACAGGCCUGGCCCUGACCCACGUGCUGGAGCAGAACCUGAAGCCCAGAGCAGGUCUCCGUCCAGAGGCGGCCAAGCUGGUGAUUCUGGUGACAGAUGGCAAGUCCCAAGAUGAUGCCCACGCUGCUGGCCACGUGCUCAAGGGUCUGGGUGUCGACAUCUUUGCUGUGGGUGUGAAGAAUGCUGACGAAACCGAGUUGAGGCUUCUGGCAUCCCAGCCGUUGGACAUCACCGUCCACAACGUGCAGGACUUCCCCCAGCUCGGCACACUCUCCGGCCUACUCAGCCGGCUCAUCUGUCAGAAGAUCCAGGGCAGGAGCCCGCGUCGGGGCCCAGCUACACUGGCCCUGGACCCUCCUCCGGCUCCCACCAGGCUGGUCCUGACCCAAGUGACCUCCUCCAGCAUCCUCUUGUCCUGGAGCCCGGCCCCACAGCCGCCCCUCAAGUACCUGAUUGUGUGGAGGCCUUCCAAGGGUGGCGCCCCCAGGGAGGUGGUGGUGGAAGGGCCCACCUCGUCAGCGCAGCUGCACAACCUGACCUCCGGCACCGAGUACCUGGUCUCUGUGUUCCCCCUCUACAAGGCUGGCGUCGGCGAGGGCCUGCAGGGCCUGGCGACCACAGCACCCCUGCCCCCACCCCAGGCGCUGACCCUGACUUCAGUAACACCCAAAACUGUCCGCCUCACCUGGCAGCCCUCAGCAGAGGCCACUCAGUACCUGGUGCGGUGGUCACCUGCCUCCCCCAAGGGCGAGGAGGAGAGGAGAGAGGUGCGGGUGGGGCGGCCGGAGGUGCUGCUGGAUGGCAUGGCCCCGGGCAGGGACUAUGAGGUGUGGGUGCAGAGCCUUCGAGGGGCAGAGACCAGCGAGGCCCAGGGCAUCCGUGCCAGGACCCCCACCCUGGCCACCCCCAGACACCUGAGCUUCUCAGACGUGAGCCAUGAUUCAGCCCGCGUAUCCUGGGAGGGCACCACAAGACCUGUGCGCCUGUUCAGGGUCAGCUACGUCUCCGGCAAGGGAGGCCACUCGGGACAGAUGGAGGUUCCUGGGAAUGCCACCUCGGCCACCCUGGGCCCCCUCUCCUCCUCCACCACCUACAUGGUCCGCGUCACCUGUCUCUACCCUGGGGGCACCUCCUCUACCCUGACUGGCCGCCUGACCACACGGAAAGUCCCCAGCCCGAGCCAGCUGUCGGUGACAGAACUGCCUGGGGAUGAAGUUCGGCUCGAGUGGGCGGCCGCGGCAGUGUCUGGCGUGCUCGUCUACCAGAUCACGUGGAUGCCCCUGGGAGAGGGGAAAGCCCGUGAGAUUUCUGUCCCGGGGAACCUGGGCACGGCCAUCCUGCCUGGCCUGGGGAGGCACUCAGAAUAUGAGAUCACCAUCCUGGCCUACUACCGGGAUGGGGCCCGCAGUGACCCCGUGUCCCUCCAUUACACCCCUGUCAGCCGGAGCCCACCCUCCAACCUAGCCUUAGCCUCAGAGUCACCUGACAGCCUGCGGGUCAGCUGGACACCCCCAAGCAGCCACGUGCUCCACUACCGGCUCUCCUACGCGCUGGCCUCAGGCUCCGGACCCGAGAAGUCAAUCUCCAUUCCAGGACCCAGGAGCCACGUGACGAUCCCUGACCUGCUGGCAGCUACCAAGUACCGGGUCCUGGUCUCAGCCAUCUAUGGAGCAGGGGAGAGCGUGGCGGUGUCUGCCACGGGCCGGACGGCCUGCCCGGCCCUCCACCUGGAUGGCUCCCCCCCAGGCUUUGACCUGAUGGCGGCCUUCGGGCUGGUGGAGAAGGAAUAUGCCUCCAUCCGCGGCGUGGCCAUGGAGCCCUCGGCCUUUGGCCCCACCAGGACCUUCACGCUCUUCAAGGACUCUCAGCUGACCCGUCGGGCCAGCGACAUCCACCUGGCCACCCUGCCCCCGGAGCACACGGUCGUCUUCCUCCUGCGCCUGCUCCCUGAGACGCCCCGAGAGGCCUUUGCACUGUGGCAGGUGGCAAGCGAGGACUUCCAGCCCAUCCUUGGGGUUCUGCUAGACGCUGGCAGGAAGUCGCUGACCUACUUCAACCGUGACCCCAGGGCCACCUUGCAGGAGGUCAUCUUCGACCUGCCUGAAGUGAGGAGGAUAUUCUUUGGGAGUUUCCACAAGGUGCAUGUGGCCGUGGGCCACUCCAAGGUCAGGCUCUACGUGGACUGCCGGAAGGUGGCCGAGAGGCCCAUCGGGGAGGCCAGCAGCCUGCCUGCUGCUGGCUUCGUCAUGCUGGGCAGGUUGGCCAAAGCCCGGGGCCCCCGGAGCAGCUCAGCCUCGUUCCAGCUCCAGGUGCUACAGAUCGUGUGCAAUGACUCCUGGGCAGAGGAGGACAGGUGCUGCGAGCUCCCAGCAUCGAAGGAGGGAGAGUCCUGUCCUGCCUUCCCAUCUGCCUGUGCGUGUUCCUCACAGACCCCUGGGCCCCCGGGCCCCCAAGGACCUCCGGGCCUCCCUGGGAGGAACGGAGCCCCAGGAGAGCAAGGCUUCCCAGGGCCCAGGGGUCCGCCAGGGGUCAAAGGAGAGAAGGGGGACCAUGGACACCCCGGCUUGCAGGGCCAACCCGGCCUCCAGGGCACCCCCGGGAAGGUUGGCGUUCAGGGACCGAAGGGAAUGAGAGGCCUGGAGGGGACUGCUGGACUGCCUGGCCCUCCAGGCCCUAGGGGUUUCCAAGGUACUGCGGGGGCUAGGGGCAGCAACGGCGAGCGAGGACCCCCAGGGGCCGUGGGGCCCACAGGGCUGCCGGGGCCCAAGGGGGAGAGAGGAGAGAAGGGAGAGCCACAGUCCCUGGCCACCAUCUACCAGCUCGUGGGCCAGGCCUCGCACGUGUUGAAGCUCCAUGCCUGCACCCACGAGAGCACCCGGCCCCCCAUGCCCAUCUUGGAAGCCCCCAGGGCCCUUGGCACGAGCAGCAAGACCCGGCUCCCUGGAGAAGGGGGGCAUGGUGGCCCCCGCCCUGGGGACAGAGGACGGUCCCCCUGCUGCCUCGAGUGAGCCCGCAUGUGCCCCUGGAUCCUGGACACCCGACAUCCGACCCGUGGAGCAGCUGGAGAAGAGGAUCCAGAGGUGCAGGGAGAGGAAG